UAACCAUUUAACCAAAGACCCAUCUAUGUAUAGAAAAGAAACCAAGUGAACGAACAAGACUUUAGCCAUUUAGAGAGUCUACGAGCUUUACUUUAUCUAAACCAAUUUAGUCGCAAAAAGUAUGAAUGCAGGGAAACCAAAUAAAAAAAAACCUAAUUCCCUAUUCUUCUCCUUUUCACCCGCACGUCGCCUUCACCUUGCCUUCACCCGCACGUCGGCUUCACCUGCACGUCGGCAUCGCCCGUUCGCCGGUUCGCCCGUUCGGUCAUCCCUUCGGCGUCGGCGUCCCAAGAUGCACAAAGUAGGUAAAAAAUUUGUGAAGCCUGGGUGCUUGUCCCAGAAGCUGACGGGAUACGAAAGGCAAAGGCAAAAAAGGAUUGAAAUGAACUCAAUUAGAUUAGAGGCUCUUGGCAUACCGGGUAUGUCCAAGGCAUUGUUUGGUUCAAAUCAGAAUGGUAAUGAAGGACCGAACAAGAUUAGCAAUGGCGAUGAUGAUGAUGAGUAUCUGCCAUCUGAUAAUGAAGAACUAAAUUCUUCUGGAGAUGCUAAACUUGUGCCCGUGAUGGCUGCCCAACCUACUCUGCUCCCCACCUUUUCUACCCAGCAAACCCACGAGCUUUCAAGUCCACCUAUUAUUGCCAACAGCGUGGGUUUGUCUUAUGGCCUAAAGUAUUUAACUAUUUUAGCAGGUUCAUCAUCAAAGCGCGUGCGGGGUAAGACAGUUGGGAAAGGAAUUGAUAAGCUCAUUGCCCAGAAUGGCGGAGAAAAGCUUUCUGGUCCAGUACUUGAUGAGUGGAAUGCUUUAUGUGGUAUUAAUGCCCCAAAGGUAGCCAGUCUGUUGGGGGUGUAUAUUAGGAGAAUGUGUCCAAUUAAGGGCAUACCGACGUGGCGGCAUGUAGACGAGGCUACUCAAUCUGCUAUCAUACAAUCUGUCCUUGACAAGUUCAAAAUCUCGGAUGAUUAUCAUGGCAAUCUAGUAGCUCAGCAAGCUGUCCACAGAAAAUGCUACAAUAUUCACAGAAAUUGGAGGCACAAUAUGAAAUUGCAUUACAAGCAUGUUAAGAAUGUCUUACAUGUGGAUCCUUAUAGUCAUCCAUACGAACAUGUGACUCAAGAGGAUUGGCGCUACUUAAUUGACGAUGUGUGGAAAAGCAAAGAACACAAGGUGAGAUCAAAAGCUGGCAAAAAGAAUAGGAAAAAGCUUGAGUACAAUCAUUGUUCAGGAUCUCGGUCAUUUGUUGCAACAAUGACUAUACAGCCGGAGUUUAAUGGUUCUGAAAACCUUGAAUUUUCAGAAUUCUAUAAGAAAACUCAUACCAAGAAGAACAAAGAGUGGAUUGAUCCUAUUUGCGUCGUGAAACAUUCAAAGAUGUUGAGCUUGCGAGAAGAAUCUUCCCAAUCCGGUGUGCAAUUAACAUCAGAGGAGAUGUCUAGGCAGGCACUUGGAAAAAGGAAGAGAUACAUUCUUGGAUUUGGGGAUGGGCCGAAGCCCUCUUCAUCUUCUUCCACACCUAGCCGUGUGUCACAAGACCAUGUUGGGGAGUUACAGAAACUUAAAGCUGAGAUGGAGGAGAUGAAGAUGGAGCGUGAGGAGCUGCGGAGGCAAUUGGAACAGGAGAGGAGAGAGCGUGAGGAGGAAAAGAAAGAGCGAGAGGAAGAACAGAAGCAAAUUGCACAUCGUACAAGUUUGGUGACAGAGUUCUUAAAGGAAAAGACUCAAACGCAUAAGUCGUCUAUCCAUCAUGAUGGGGCCAUUUAUUCAACUGGUGGCACAAAUACUCGUUGGUAUGUAUUCUCAUUUAUAUUACGUAGGUUAUUUAGAGAUUUGGACCAAAUUAAGCGAAAUAUCAUUGUGAACUUAUACUUGAAUUUUAGUUUAUUAUUUUUCACAUGUGGUUAUUGAUUGUGUAUUCUUUUUUGC